AUGGCUUGUUGGUUGGUUUCUCUGAUAAGGAGUGUUUGCUUUAUUACCCAUGCACUGUGGUAAACAGCCACUGCUAUCUCAGAAUUCCCUGCAUUUCACAUUCGCUACUGUUUUCCAACCAUGGACUACAUGCACAAUUCACUUUGCCUGCUUCUACACCUCCUCCACUUUACAGAUCAUGGCACAAAUGUGGCUGGAAAAGACGUUUCAACAUUCACCAUGGCCAACGAACAACAGCCCUAUGGACCAGCGAGUCAUACCAUUCAUGGUCCAGAUGCUGUCACGGUGGGAGUGCCCUGUAGCUUUGUGUGCUUGGCUCAGUGCUCACCUGAAUGCAGUUACACAGUCAGCAUUGAUGACCACAGCAUAGAGCACAAAGAGCUGGCCUUUACUUUAAAGCAGUGGGAGAGUUCAAAAACAGUGACCUGCACCGCUAAAAACGCUGCCACUGGAAGUUCCUCCACAGUCAGGAAAACUCUGUACAUUUUGGAGGGGCCAGUAAACGUUUCCAUCAGCGGCCCACACACUCUCACUCCAGGUGAGACUCAGCGGUUCCUGUGCAUUGCCCACUGCAGGCCUUUCUGUACGUACACCUGGGUUGUUGAUGGAGAUUCGAUUGCCGGCUCUGGAGAUGAGGUGGUCAUUAGGCCACCCUCAGAGGCCACCUCAGGAACCCUCAUAUGCAAGGCUACAAACAGCGUGUCUGGAUUGUUUGCUACUGCAAUUCUAAAACUAAGAGUCCCAUCUCAAAGCACAGAUAUGGCAGAAAAGGAAAUUCUUACUACCUACCAGACUACUGCUGACCAACCAUACGGACCAGUGAGUCUCACCAUUUAUGGUCCAGAUGCUGUCACAGUGGGCGUGCCCUGUAGCUUUGUGUGCUUGGCUCAGUGCUCACCUGAAUGCAAUUAUACAAUCGGUGCUGAUGGUCAGAGUGGAGAGGGCAAUGAGCUAGCCUUCACUUUAAAGCAGUGGGAGAGCUCUAAAACAGUGACCUGCACUGCUAAAAACUCUGUCACUGGACGUUCCUCCAGUAUCAGCAAGACACUUCAAAUUCUGGAGGGGCCAGCAAACGUCUCCAUCAGCGGCCCACACAACCUCACUUCAAAUGAAACUGAGCGGUUUCUGUGCACUGCCACCUGCAGGCCCUCCUGUAACUACACCUGGAUUAUUGAUGGAGAGCCAGUUGAUGGCUCUGGAGAUGAGGUGGUCAUCAGACCAUCUACAGAGGCCACCUCAGCAAUCUUAAUCUGCAAGGCUACAAACAGCAUGUCUGGAUUGUUUGCUACAGCAGUACGAAUGCUAGGUGCUUCAAGUGGACUCAAUGGACCAGUGAGUCUCACCAUUUAUGGUCCAGAUGCUGUCACAGUGGGCGUGCCCUGUAGCUUUGUGUGCUCGGCUCAGUGCUCACCUGAAUGCAAUUAUACAAUCGGUAUUGAUGGUCAGAGUGGAGAGGGCAAUGAGCUAGCCUUCACUUUAAAGCAGUGGGAGAGCUCCAAAAGAGUGACCUGCACCGCUAAAAACCCUGCUUCUGGACGUUCCUCCAGUAUCACCAAGACAUUUCAGAUUUUGGAGGGGCCAGCAAACGUCUCCAUCAGCGGCCCACACAACCUCACUUCAGAUGAAACUGAGCGGUUCCUGUGCACUGCCACCUGCAGGCCCUCCUGUAACUACAGCUGGAUUUUGGAUGGAGUGCCAGAUGCUGGCUCUGGAGAUGAGCUGGUCAUCAGAAUAUCUACAGAGGCCACCUCAGCAACCCUGAUCUGCAAGGCCACAAACAGCGUGUCUGGAUUGUUUGCUACAGCAGUGCGAAAACUAGCUGUUUCAAGUACAAGAAGCCAUAGCAGGUCCUUAGCGGAAGGCGCAGAGCUGCUGCCAAAACUACUGUUUGCAUUCAUGUCAGUUUUACUAGUAGUAAUUCCACCAUGAACCAGUAGAGAGUAUCAAUACUGAACUAUGAUCAAUUAUUUGGAUGCAAAGGAUGGAAUAUUUCAUUAUAUUGCCUGUAAGAAGAAUGACUUGAAAAUACAAAUAAAAUGUACAUUUUCCUUUA